AAAUUUUAAGAACUACACUUUUAGCCAAUCCACCUAUUACUGCUGGACCCCCAGUUACCGUUAAAACUAGCUUGGCACCCGCUGCCACAACCCCUGCUGUAGUUUCAGGCGGUCCUACUCGCCCUCCCGUGACUGUUGUUUCCACGGCUGCUCCAGUAACUGUUGCUUCUACCGCAGCUCCAAUCACUAUGAAAUCCACUGCCGCCCCAGUAACUGUUGUUACUUCUGCUGCUCCUGUAACUGCAAAAUCUACUGCCGCCCCAAUAACUGUUGUUUCUACUGGUGCUCCAGU